ACGCUGGUGACAGAAAGACGGUCGGACGGACAGACGGACGCCGCUUCCCCUCUGUUUCUCUCUCGCCAGUCGGUCGCGCGUUACCGAGCCAAGUGGAUGAGUUCGCGAACGCGCUCCCGCUAAAAGCUCCUCUUCUCUUGUCUUGUCUUGAUCGUGGGUGAUUUCGGUGUUUCGUUAUCCCCUUGAUUCUCUAGCUCGCGAGUAUCCUCUUCUGUGUUCUGGCCGUUUUCCCCGUUUUUCGCCCCUCGUGUCAGUCUAGACGCCACGCGCAUCGUGUCGCGUCUCUCCUCCUCUCAGAAUAAUAUAUCCAGUGUUGUUUCUUGUGCGGAACAGCGACGAAGGAGGACGCUCUUGACGGGAAAAAUUUCACCCCGUCGCGACACUUACGACGCCCUCGAGGUCAGUUUUGUUGGACGCGCGACACCUGAUCACAGCAUCCGGAAAGCGCAAACGAGAGACAGGUGAUAGAAAAGGGGAUAGAGAGGCAAAGCGAGUAAGAUGGGAGCGAGACAGAGCAGAAGGUCCGUGGACAUAACGACGACGCCUAAGAAGGAGGGGAUACCCGCGGAAGGAGGUGUCGUCGGUGAUGCUGCUGCACCUGGCGAUGGCAAGUUGGAAAGGAUCGAGGAGACCGACACGAAACCUACCACCAAUGGUAUAGCGCCUCACACGGACGUGGCCGAGGAUAAAGACAAGGAUAAGGAUGAUGCAACGGAAAAGGAGAAGGAUAAGGAGAAGUCAGAAGAAGCAAAGCCCGAAGAAACGAAACAGGAGUCGGCUGGAGAAUCUGCCGCGGAAACGGCAGAGGCCACAACACCUACAGAAGCUAAUCCCGCUAGUCCUAAUGCUGUCACUUCUCCAGAAAACAAGGAAACCAAAAAGAAGGACAAGAUGAAGAAAAAGUGGUCCUUCAGGUCGAUCAGCUUCAGCAAGAAGGACAAGAGUAAGCCUGCCCGUGAAGAAGCACCCAAGAAUGGAGACGUCACCAAGGAGGAGCCUCUCGCGGAGGGCGGAGAAGAAGCGGAGAACGGAUCAGCCACCGCAGGUAGCCCAGUCGAGGAGAAAUCAGCAGUAAGUAGUCCAACAGCAGAAAACGAAGCCAGCCCGACAGCAGCAGCAGCAGCAACAACAGCCUCAUCGCCGUCGGCCGAGACGAAGGAAGAAAGUUCAGCGUCUCCAGAUAGUAGCCCCGCGGAUGAAAAGCAAGAGGAACCCACUCCCUCUGCCCCAACUCCCGUCCCUGUCGAGGAAAAGAAAGAGGAGGUGGAAAAAGUGGAGGCCGAGAAAAAAGUAGUCGAGGUCAGUCCAGCCGGUGGUCAGUUCGUACCGGGCCCGGUAGAAGUCUCCGUUUUCCAAGUCCAGACAGUCGCUACGCCGUCUAUCAUUGAGAGGAAAACCAGUGAGGAUAUUCCUUCCCAGCCCCCGUCCAGUCCACCGCCAACCCCCAUAGACGCGUCGCCUUUGCAGCAAGCUCAGCAGGCUGCCGCGACCGCGACAGCUAUCGCAGAGGCUUUCAACUUGCCUGCGGAGGUUGCUGUCGGGCAUUCUCUAAUUCAACCAACCUCCUCCUCCUCCUCCUCCGCUUCCUCCUGUCCAGAGCGUAACGACCCGUCAACACCGCCGACCGCCGCGGAAUCUCUCGAUGCGACUAAUCCCCCGCAGAGACCACCCGCUUCUUCCGCGGACGUAAACCCUACAACAGAAUCGUUUAAUAUUCUCCCUCCGAAAGUCGAAACCACUCUGCCGGUGGUAAAUUCCGAUUCUAGCAAGCCUGAAUCCACAGUUGAAGAAAAUAUGGAAAAACCCGCGGCGGCAAAAUCUGACAAUCCCUCCGACGACGACGACGACGACGACGCGUGUUCUCGAAAGAAAUUUCAAACGGUUGAGCAGUCUCCGAAAUCGGAGAUAGUUGGCGGUGCGAAUGACGCACCGUUGGUAGAGAACGAAGCGUCGGAGGUGGUAGUCGGUGAGCCGAAAAAAGUGGAACCCGCAAUGUCGGAGAAAGAAAAAGCACUGGAAAAUCUAAAUGUGACGGAACAGGCGGAGGAAUUGGUUAAACAGGUGAUCGAGCAGCCUGAAAUUGUACGAGAAGAAGAGGCGAAAGAUGUUAAACCACCGGCUGAAGAGAUGGACACCGUUCUGGAAAGUGAAGAAGGUCCGGUACCACUUUCCGAGGAAGUCGUAGUAGAGGCUAAACCUGCUGUUGUUAUUCCAGAAGAUGAGGAUGUAACGAUGGAAAGGAUCGACGACGAGCCGGCGGGCGACACCGAUGCCGAGGACUCGACGAAGGCCACGGAAUCGGUCGAGAUUAUAGUGGAAGAGAAAUUGGAACCGGAAGCAGAGCCCGAUAUCGUUGUUACCGCCGAAGAGAUCGUGGUUCUCGAAGAGCCAGAAGACUCGGUCGUUCCCGAGGAAUCUCGUCCAAAGAUCGUGGUUAUAGAGAAAGAGGAAGAGAUAGAAGUAAUCGAAAUAAGCGAGGAGGUAACCGAGGAAGAAGAAUCGAUGCCUCCACCUCUGCCAGAUUCACCCGUGCCUACUAUUAGUAGUCCUCGAGAAAACGUUCAUUCCGAGAACGCAAAUACAGUGCCUUCCUGUGUAGUAGACGACACGAAAGCCCAACUUUUAGAUGUAGAAAAUAGCGAACAGGUCGACGGGUCGCCUCUUUCACUGCCAAACGAUAGCAGCAGCUCUCCCUCGUCCUGCCCUGCCAACGAAAACGACGCAUACCCCGCGAACGAAUCCCAGACAUCACAUUUUUCACUGUCCAGCCUCGAACGCGUACCCAGUCCUUCCGAUGAUCUAUUACCACCACCGCCACCACCCCCAGCCACCGAGGAUUCCUCCAAUUAUCCUUUACCAUCGGAACAGCUCUCUUGCCCCGUUCUUCUUAAUGUGUCUGAAAUGAAGAGUGAGCUUCCAGUUCCCGACGAGAACGACGCGCCCAGCCCGAGACACCCGACAGAGACACUUCUGACACCGCCUAGAAGUCCUAGUCCCCAGUCCAAUGUCAGUAUCGCGUCUGGCCUGACAACAUCCACCAAAGACUCCUCGCAAACACAGUUACACGACGACCAGAGCAAUCGAGAGUUCAAGAUGGAAUCGGUGUCGAUAAGCCUCAAUUCGUACAAUGAGUCCGACAUUGAAUUAAAGGAGAGGUUAGCCGAGUCUCUGGCGGAUACGGUGAACCAGGAAGAGAGCUCGAUUUCAUGUCAGUUGUCAAACAACGCCACGUCGUCAACAACUGUCCAGGAGACCCAUCAGAGCACCAAGGAAACUGAAGCACCAGUAGAAAAUAACGUGGCUCACGAUAGCACGACAGCAAGUUCCGACGAAACUUCGAAAAUUACAUCUCCAGCCGUCCCAAGUGAACCGGUGGUACCUGCCUCUCCACCUUCUGCACCAGCCAUCACCGAGGAUGUUGCCUCCGUAGCCAAGGCUAUCGAAGAGAUCGACAUAAGCGACAAGGCGGUUGCGGCGGCAACCAUCGAAUGUAACACGAACGAAAUCAUCGCGGAUGCACGUUACCAAAACAACAUGAACGAAUAAAUGCCGCUAACCGAAUUGUGUAUUUUGGGAAGAAGAAAGUUCUUUUCUCUCGUUAAAACCAAAAAAGUAUAUUAUAUAGAUAUGUAUAUUUGGACCAUUCCUGCAUCUAAACAGAAAAUAACGUUCUUUCGUUACGAGCAACAACAAUAACAACUGGAAAAAUAAAAGGAAAAAAAAUAAAUAAAUAAAUAAAUACAUGGAACGACGACGAUGUUACACCGCGACAUCGCGAGAACAUAUAGACUUUUUAUAAUAGGCCUAUUAAUAAUUCUUAGACCAUGGCAUUUGACGGCAGGGCGAAGUAGAAAUAUGUUCAAGAAAUGGGUAUGCGGAAUGGACGAGCCAAAUAAAAAGUAAGAUUGAUUCAGGAAAACAAAUCACCUACUGCCGUUCCGCGAACGAUAUUCUCCAAGCGGAAGAUUUUUUGCUACUAUUCUUUUUCCACUCGAUUGAUCAAAUAAUAAAUUUCCAACGUGUUGGGCCGUGCCCAUUCGCGCGGGUCGUAAUUAUGUUGGCCCUGCUGUGUAAAAAUUUGGUAAACCAUCAUUGUUAACUGAAACGCCAAGCUGGAUUGUGUGAUCAUCGCGCGGCGGAUGAGCAAAGAUAACGGCGAAAAUUUGAAUAAAAGAUAGAAAGGAAAACAUCGUUUGUCGAGUAAUUCCAGAGGAAAAAAAAAAUAAAUAAAUAAAUAAAUACAAAAGUACUCAUCGAAUCGCGUACGCCCUCCCGUAACUGUACCGAAUAUUGCUAUGUCGAAAGAAUGUAAAAGAAGGAGAAAACUGUAACGGAGGAAAAGAUCAGAAACUGAGAGAUAGAGCGAGAGGAAAAGCUGUACGUGUGCGUUUUGAAUGUGUGAGAAGAGAGAGUGCGAGGAAAUGAAAAUCGAGCGACGAGAAAAGAAAGGAAAAUAGAAAAGAAGAACAUUUUGAAAUAUGUCUCUUUGCCAGAAUGUAAACGGGAUAUGAGAGAGAAAGAAGAGUGAGAUAAGACGGGAGAAAGCAGAGCGAGGACGAAAUUAUUACAGGAUAUUACGUCAAAAAAUCGUCUCGAGUGAUGAAACACUCGAGUCGCGACUUCUUUUUAAAAGGACAACAGAGUCGAUCAAUUUUGCUCGUAUUUCUUAUACGGUCCUUGCGUUAUCUUUUUUUUUAUACAAUUGUGUACACAAUCGAGAGAGAGUUAGAAAAAGAGAGAGAGAUAGAUGGUUUUACGUUGUAACGAGGAAAUGCACACUUCUACGUAUGACUUUGGUACGCGCGAGCACACGACACACAAUCACACAUGCAAGCAAGUAUCAUGCAACACACGAGAAACACACAGGUAUGUCGAGACAGUGUAAGUGAUAUAUAAUCUAGACAUAGAGGAAAAGCGUUUGUGUAAAUUCGGCGUUUUGAUCGAAAUGCUCUUACUACUUUCUCCAUAUGAGAAUUACUUACGAGGAAAGCCUAUUCGUAAUUUUAUAAUAAUCAUUAAACAAAAAAAUAUCGCCUAACUACAAUUACGAGAAACAUGCACAAUUACCACGUAACAAAAACGGGGAUAUUCGUUUAUACAGAUUUUUCAGAAGUAAAUUUAUUCCGUACGAAAGCUUUUUUUAUUAAGACCGUAGCAUAGUUCGUAAAGUUUAAACGAAACAAAAAAAAAAA